GACAGCGGCGGGAACAGCAGCAGCAGCAGGAGGAGGAGGAGAGUGAGCGCAGCCUGGAGCCGCAUCGGACCGAGACCGAGAUGGCGAGGAAAGUGAUCUAUCCAUUAUAUCAACUUGGAAACCCUCAGCUUCGGAUAUUUCGAACCAACUUUUUUAUGACCCUUGUAAGGCCUGGGCGCGAGCAGCCAGAGAAUACGGUCCAGUUCAGGAUUCCUAUGGAGAUGACAAAGUUUGAUGUGAAGAAUUACCUGCAGAGCAUCUAUAGUGUCCCAGUGGCCGCAGUGAGGACCAGAAUUCAAUACUGUACUAACAAGAAGAGAAACCAUAAGAAUCAAAGGGUGAAGCGUCCUGAUUAUAAAGUUGCGUAUGUUCAGUUGGCCCAAGGUCAGACUUUCAAAUUUCCAGACAUUUUUCCUCAAAAAGAUCAAACUCCUGAACCAGGCUCUAUGGAAGAUAUCCAAAAUAAGUUUCUGGAAGAUGAGAAGCAGAAGCAGAAAGCAGACCCGCGGCGAGGAGGCGUCACUGAAUGGUUUGGACUUUAAGAGAAACAACUUUUCAAAAGUUGUUCAAGCUUUUUUUUAUAAAAGAAAAUAUUAUUUUCCAGAUAGCUUGCUGACCAAGCAUGAACUGAGUGUUUUGUUUUGAAAGUGUCAACUCGGCAGGUUUCAGAUGCCUCAUAUUGUUCAUUGUGAGGGGUGCAUCCUGUGGACAUACACUCAUCUUGUGUAAUGUUUGCUGAGCAACAGCUGCUCUGAACAAGUGAUUUGACUAGAUUCUUGUAAUCCAUCAUGAGGUGCUCUGUUGUAAGUUUGACUUUGAUUGAGCUUUGAUGUUUGAUGAUUGGAAAUCUGGUUGCCAGUAUUUGGCGCAAACUCCUGAGCGUUGUUUGUCAGGAUCCAGAACUGUGAAUCCUUUGGGAGCUGCGCAAAUGAGAAUGUAUAUGUAAACACGUGAGGGCACUCCCAGUAACGUCAACUAAUUUGACAAAAGGUUAAAUUCGACGCUGGUGGAACAAAAUGAAUUUAUGCGAAGGCCAGAUGUCAUUGUUAACAUAUCAUGCCUUCUGAAGAAUUUAUUGGAUUACUGUGUAUACUAUUUUUGACACACAAUCAAAUUUGUAAAUUGUAAUGGUGCAUUCUUAAUAAAGCAACAGUCUAAUAUAUUGUGAAA